AUGUGCGCAUCCAACCCGCGGGACCAGUGCCUGCUCGAUAACAACGAUCCCUCCAAUCUUUCCCCGAUCCGGAAUCACACCUGUGCCCAGGGCAACGUGCCCGACUACUAUAUUGACGUGCAUGAUGCACAAGAUGUUGUUCAAGCCCUCCGUUUCAGCAACGCCACCGGCGUCCCACUCGUGAUCAAGAACACCGGCCACGACUACCUCGGCCGUAGCAGCGGAAAGGGUUCUCUCGCCUUGUGGACGCGCAACCUGAAGAAGCUGCAGUACAAUGCUACCUUUGUCCCUACUGGCUGUCCCGCCAACGCCUCGUCCUCUAUCAACAACACCGUCACCACCGGCGCCGGUACUAUCUUCGAUGAAGUCUAUCGCUUCUCCGACCGCCAUGGCAUGACCUUCAUCGGUGGUUACUCUUCCUCUGUUGGCGUCUCGGGUGGCUGGCUUCAGGCCGGUGGUCACUCCGUCCUCUCCCCCGUGUAUGGUCUCGGUAUCGACCGCGUUGUCGAGUUCAAGCUCGUUACCCCCGAUGGCAACUUGCGCAUCGCCAACGCCUGCCAGAAUCCCGACCUUUUCUGGGCCCUCCGCGGCGGCGGUGGUGGUACCUUUGGCGUCGUCUUCGAGAGCACCCACCGCGUCGAGCCGAAUAUGCCUCUCACCGCGGCAUCGAUCAAAUUCCCCAAGACCAACGACAAUGUCUUGCCCUUCAUGGAUAUUGUCGUGAACAACUCCGUGCGUUGGGCACACGAGGGAUGGGGCGGUCACAUCAAGGGCAACUCGCUCAUCAACGUCUCGCCUCUCGUCUCCGUCCAGCAGGCCAACCAGUCGCUCGCCCAGGUCGCUAACUACGCCCGCUCGCAAAACGGCACCGUCCUGAUCAAGCGCUAUUCCUCCUGGCAGGCUUUCUAUGACGCCUUCGUCGUGGCCAACGCCGUCGCUGUUGGCAACGUCCACUUCACAGCCACCCGUCUCAUUCCACAGUCGAUGUUCACCUCCGCCAACGGCCGUCGCGAUCUGAUGGACUUCUUCGAUUACCUCGUCUCCUCGGGCGGCGAUCCGUACAUCCCCGUGGUGCCUCCCGUGCUGUACAACGAAACAAACCCCAAGGACACCUCUGCCACUCCUGCCUGGCGCAAGUCCAUCUGGUCCUUCGGUGUCGGUACCGCUUUUGCCUGGAACAGCACCCUCUCCGAACGCCAGAGCAAGAUCGCCCACACGAACAAAAUGACCGCGAUGCUGGAGGAGAUCACCCCCGGCAGCGGUGCGUACACCAACGAGGCCAAUCCCUUCACUGAGGACUGGCAGGAGGCCUGGUGGGGUAAGGAGAACUACCAGAAGCUUCUGGCCAUCAAGCACAAGUAUGACCCGUAUGGGUUGAUGAAUUGCUAUAAGUGCAUUGGGUGGAAAGAGACUGAGGCUCAGGGCGGUUGCUUCUCUGCUCUUCCCUAG